AAAAUCUCUUCGAUCGUCAAUGAUGGCUUGAACUCAAUCGUUUGUAAAAAUAAAAGAAUUUUCAAUUCAAACGGUUUAAUAUACUUACAUAAGACGUAGGUACCUACGUAACAUUAGGAGCAAUUAUGGCGAAAAAUUAAAAAAAUAAAAGGUGAGCAUACCUACGAAGUACCAUUUAGACAUUUAGUACUCGACGGCGGUAUUGCCGGUACACUGGUAUAGGUAUACUCUUGUUGAAAUGUCGAGUAUGUAUAAAUACGUAGGUAAUAUGGUUAACGGUAUGUGUAGUGGGUAGGUAGGUACCAUUAUAUAGUAUGCCGUAGGUUGUAGCUCUUCAGUAACCACUCUUGGUUCGGUCGUUAACCCAGAAGAUAAUAAUAUGAAGGUACCUAUGACCGUACGCGGUCUCGCCGACCGAGAACGCAUAUACACGGUCACCAAUAUAUAUAUACCAAUAUCGUCCACAAUGAGAUUUUUGUGCGCCAAAUGUGGCGUCAUGGUGUCCCGGAGAAGCAGCACGAUUAAAACUUCAGCACAAGACGUCGUUAUGACAGGGUUGCCCUUUCUAUGUCCACUCGUGACAGUGUAACGGCCAAUGGGAAUCGAAGACGGCGAGCCAUAUAGGCGUGCGCACGGAUGCACUUGCAGCAGAUUCGUGUCCUCGGCUCACCGCUCACCUUUCGCUGCAGCUGCAUCCACAACAUUUUUUUUGGGCGGAUCGAUUGCCUAUAGUCACAGUUGUGAGACACUAAAGAGAACUGAAGCCAGAACAGCGGCAGUUAACAGUAGUUAUUUUUCUUCAGACAUCAACAGAGUGAAUACAGAAACUUUCUCAACAAGUUCAAUAGUAGUGAUGGUAAACCAUCACAUAAAAGUUUUGGCCAUUUUUAUGGAUCAAACUAUAUUACGGAUCCUGACGGUUCAAGAGCUCCUGUAA